UCCAUUUAAUCAAACUGCGUACAGAACAGCUAAAACCUCCAUCACAUGUGACGAAGGAAACAAACAGGACUCCAGAUUCAAGUUUUUCUGCAAAGUGAACGGUCCAAUCUGUGAAGAUAUUUUAUCAACAAAAUCUACUCUGAGGUCAAACGGGAUGUUCACUCUCACAGAAACAGAGAGUGGCUUCACUGUGUCCAUCAGUAAUGUGUCCACACAACACGCUGGAGUCUAUUGGUGUGGAGUGGAAUCAACUGAAGGAAGUUACCGAGCUGCUCUCAGGAAAAUACAACUGGAGGUUAAAGCUGCUAUCAAAAACUUCAAUAGGUCUCCAACUAUUGGACAGAAUAUUACAUACUGGUGUCAAUAUCCAGAGGGUGCUCCAGUAAAGAAGUUCAUCUGUAAGGGAGAAGAUCCAUCUAUAUGUGAACAUGUAGUCAGCGCUGCCCAGAACAAUGAGAGGUUUUCCAUGAUUGAUGAGACAGAGAAGAGAAACAUCACCAUAACAGUGAGAGGCGUAACAAAGGAAGACAGCGGGACAUACUGGUGUGGAGCAGAACACAUCGACUCUCUACAAGGCCAAUACUUCUACCACAGAUUUCUGAUGACUGUUGUGUCACUGGUUCCCUCUACAACCUCACCAGCAUCGUCCCCCAUACAGCCAGCUACAGUUUCUUAUCACGGUUUUGAUCGGGCCUCUGUGUUGGAGAUUGCUUUGGCUCUCUCUUUGGAUGUGAUGCUGCUUACACUCGCAGUAUAUUUGGCCUACACGGGCCCCUCUAACUGCAAACCCGAUUCGAGUCAUUUCCUCUACCACCGGACACUCAUGUUAAGUGGGACAGCGUCAACUGAACUUCCCCUGUUUGGACUGAACCCACACAACUGAUGCAACCACAAGCUGACAUACAGGGACUGGCUGCUUGCAAUUUCGGUAACUUUGUAAUGUGGUUUGCUGUUUUACUUCAGGUGCAUUAAAAAGGUUAAGCUACACAAAAAUGAGGGCACUCAUAU